AUGACGACCCGGUACCGUGUUGAGUACGCCCUCAAGACCCAUAGACGGGAUCAGUUCAUUGAAUGGAUAAAGGGCCUCUUGGCUGUGCCAUUUGUGCUGUACUCCCAGCCCACGGGAGUGUUUGGCGAUGACACCAACGUGGCCAAGAUGGCCGAGGAGGCCCACAGACGCUACGCAGAGAUUAUGAGAGAUGUCGAGCUGAUGAUUGACGAUCACAUCGCCCGCCAGAACCAGGACCGCGUGCUGCCUUCCAAACUUGGAAUGCUGGUGCCAACUGCAGGUCCUUUCUUCACACGACUGCCCCUGGAGGCAGCGUUCAAAUACCAGGACCGGAAGCGAUACAUGUCGUCCAGACGAUAUGUAGCCCCUUCUUUCAACGAUGUGCGCCUGGUUCUCAACUCAGCCCAAAUAAUGGCUGUGACGAAUGGUGCUCUUCAGUUGGCUACUUUUGAUGGUGAUGUUACGCUGUAUGACGAUGGACAGAGCUUGGAACCAUCAAGUCCCAUCAUUCCACGUCUGCUAGACCUCUUGCGCAAAAACAUCAAGAUCGGCAUUGUGACAGCUGCUGGCUAUACCACCGCAGACCGGUACUAUGGUCGUCUCCAUGGCUUACUUGAUGCCAUUGCCACCUCCACAGACCUUGACCCUAUUCAGAAGCAGAAUAUCGUCAUCAUGGGCGGUGAGGCCAAUUAUCUCUUCGAAUACGAGCCAUCUUCACCAUACCGGCUGGCCCCUGUUCCGCGGCCAGAGUGGUUGACGCCAGACAUGGCGGCCUGGUCCGAGGCGGAAAUCACGGCCCUUCUGGAUGUCGCCGAGUCAGCGCUUCGGGACUGUGUCCGCACGAUGAACCUACCGGCCAUUAUAGUUCGAAAGGAUCGCGCCGUGGGAAUCGUUCCCAACCCUCCCGAAAUCCGCAUUGCACGAGAGAGCCUGGAAGAGACAGUAUUGGUGGCCGGCCAAGGCGCGCAGGGCCGCCGCGGAGUUCCCUUUUGCGCUUUCAACGGCGGCCGUGAUGUCUUUGUUGACAUUGGUGACAAGAGCUGGGGUGUGACUGUCUGCCAGCAGUGGUUCGGAAGACGCAAUGGGGCAACCACUGGAGCCGAUGCAGCUCUGACGGCCAUCAAGGGCGAAAACACCCUCCACGUGGGAGAUCAGUUCUUGAGCGCCGGAUCAAACGACUUCAAGGCGCGGAGCGUGGGAACCACAGCAUGGAUCGCAAGCCCGGCAGAGACUGUGGAGUUACUGGAUGAGCUGGCAGAUUUGAUGCAGAAGAAGCUUUCAUGA